ACCGGACAAAUAUACGUACAACGUUUUUUAAUCGCUGAACGGGUAAAAUACUUAUUUUGGUCGUCUAGCUAAACAAAUAUAAUAAUUCUGACAGUUGGAUAGUGGUUGGCUGAUUGCGAGGACAGGACCCUAGAUGAAAUGCAAACUCUCCUUUCCAAUCAAAGAGCAAUCCAGGCCUUUGUGAGAAAUACGCCUAAUAUGCUUUUCAAAGUGUAAACACCCUCAUUGAAAGCUGCUUUCAUCAAAAGAAGGCUAAAUUAGCCGACAGAACAUGGUAUAACCCCCCAAAAUGUCCACAGCCGAAUGAUCCUGUCUUUUAACCUUUCCUAGAUCGGUUUCAUGAGGUUCCAGGGCCAGGUCUGUCGUUAUAAUAUACUCGCACUAUCAUUGAUUUAUCCGCCUGACAGCGUAUGUUUCGACUUUCGCCUUACUAAACCUUAUCCUAAUAGUAUCAUGCCCCCUGUAGUGGAUAUAAGAUGAUAACAGAGACCAAAGCAGAAUCCACCAAUAGGCUUCUCAUCUGAUUACUUUAUAUUCAUCUGCCAAGGUGUUUUCCUUCGUCAUCAGGCUUUACUGAUUUGGCUGUUCAUGGUUUCUCGACAGACAAGCAAUGAAUCCAAGUACAGAUGAGAAAAGCAUUUCAAAGCCAAAUGAACAUAAUGUGUCAAGAAAAGGGAUAGAAAAUCUACCUGUCGAGGUCUCCCAUGACAUUCUUGCAAGGCUACCACUCUCGUCUCUAGUCCAGUGCAGAUACGUGUCGCGAAUCUUGCGCCAGCUAUCACACGAGGUGAGUCUUCUGAACACGCACCUGCUGCGGAUAGGAAAGAAGAAUCCUAGCCUCAUCUUCCACUGCUUAGAUUCUGAGAGAAACCAGCUUCGUUUUCUGGAGCUGUCUAGUCCUGUUUGUAACACUGAAAUUUCGUGUGAAAUCAACAUCCCUUUUCGUCCAUCAAUGCCUAACAAGAUUCAUAUACUUGGUUCGUGUAACGGCUUAUUGUGCAUUUCAGAUGAAUUCCGCAAUGAUCCUUAUCACAUAUACAAUCCUGUUACUAGGAAAUACAAGGAGCUUCUGAUAUCUAGGCAAUUUUUUCAACAGAGAGUCGAGACUGGCUUCGGUUUAGAUCCGAUAGCCAAUGAGUACAAAUUAGUGAAGAUGGUUUACUACAAGGAUCCAUAUACUGGACCCUUACCGCAGCAGGUAUACAGAUGUGGAUUUCCGAAUUAUCCACACUCAGAAGUUUUAGUAUGUGAUAUUAGUAACGAUACAUGGAGAAGCAUCGGAAGCAUACCUUAUGAGUUCAAGCGACAAACGACAGAGCACCAUGGCUCGCCAAAAGAAAUGUUAUAUCUAAACGGAAGGCUUCACUGGGUGAAGGGAUCAGGAAGACACCAAGGCUUUAACAGUAGUAAUCCCAGAAUCAUUUCAUUCGAUUUAUCUGAUGAACAAUUUUACGAGGUCCUGAAACCUGCUUGUGGCAGCCUUGAUAAGCCUAAUUAUCUUCUAUCGGUUCUUGGAGGAUGUCUUUCAGCUGCAGUUUAUACUACUGAUGGGAACGUGGCGGUCUGGAUUAUGAAAGAGUACGGUGUGAAGGAGUCUUGGAUCAAAGAGUUUGAAAUUGAAGCACAGCCACGCAACAUUGACGUUGGUCUGCAACGAUCAUCAAAUGUCCGUAUUUUUUAUGUUCACGGUAUCUGGGCUUAUAGAGUUCUGCAUGGCAAAUCAGUUCGAGUUCUGUGCUUUCUGGAGAGCGGCGAUGUUUUGCUGGAGUACAAAGAUGGAAAACUAGCUUCUUACGAUCCCGGGAGCGGAGAAACUACAGACUUGCAGUUUCAGGGACUGCCUAGAAAGUUUAACACAAUUGUACAUAUUGGUAGCCUUGAUUGGAUUAAGGAACCACAAGCUACUAGUUCAUGUAUUGAAGAUCUUGAAACUUGAAGUAGAUAAGAGAGACUACAUUCUGUAUAACAUUAAUGUGAAUUUGAAUUGUUCAA